AUGGAACACGUGCCUGUCCAAUGGCUGAUGGAAGUGCCGAUUGUCACCCGAAUGCUUACUAUCGGGAUAUUCGCCGUCUCGCUCAUCAACUUCGCUGGCUUUGCGUCCGAAAGAGACCUUGUCUAUACUUAUGAGGACGUGUUCAUCCGCGGCCAGUUCUGGCGAAUAUUGACGUCUCUGCUUUAUUUCGGCCCGUUUUCCUUCAACGUUCUGGUCAUCUUAUACAUGUUUGUGGGUUACUCAAAGUACCUCGAAAACUCGUUCCAUCGCACAAAAGACUUCAUCACGUGUCUUGCAAUCCUGAGCUCGGGACUCUUUAUGUUCAGCACCUACGUCCACCCAUUAUACAGAAUCGGCGAACAUCUGAUGGACACAAUGCUCUACAUCUACUCUAGACGCCAGCCGACAGACGGACUGCAAAUUCUCGGCAUCUACCGCUUCAACGCCAUCUACCUGCCCGUGAUGUUCACAGUGCUGUCCGUGGUCAGAUACCACCCGAUGCAGGGAAACAUGCGUACACUGCCGCUCACAUGGAUCUACGAGAACGUGUUCAGCUUCCUGUGGGGCCACAUAUACCUGUUUCUCUGCGACACGGCUCCCAAGCUCCACCGCCCUGCCCUUGCCGGUGCACGGGUUUGA